ACAAAAGUGUAAAAGUAAACGAUUUAAUGAAAGAGGAAUCCAGUACUCCGAUGACAGAGCAUACUGUGCAUCAACACGGAGAAAGAGGUAUAUAUGACGACUUAACAGAGACAGAUAAUGGCAAUCAGUACGAGGGUCUCUCCACUAAAGAUCAACAAGAAAGUGAGAGGCAAACUUACGAGAGCAUUCAAGGGCCCAGUGGUGAAAAUAAAUAUGAGAAACUUUCAACGGUUUCUAAAAAAGAAGAUGAUGACGGCAAAUACCAGACUUCCCUCAAACCGAAGACGUCAGGACCAGAUGAUGUGUACCUCAACACCUCAUUUCAAAAUUAAGAAUCUCGAAGGAGGUCUUAAGCGGUAGUUUAAAAUAAUAACUGCUUGCAGAAUUGAUCUUGAAUGCACCGAAAUACUUAACGCACGGACAAUACCUAUACGCGCUUUAACUUAUACAUACACACCUUGUAAACGAUUGUAGUUUAAACUUGAUACAGUGUAUGUAUAAUAAUGAGAUACACUUGAUACACUGUAUGUAUAAUAAUGAGAUUUACAAAGUAUAUAACAGAAGCAAUUCCGUCAGUUCGAGGCCAUAUUGGUUAAUUAUCUUAAUCAUCAGUUUGUUAAGAAUCGAAUUUUACAUGAGCCUUUAGACAAACGCUGAAGAUGAUUGAUUUCCUUGUUACACUCGUAUUUCAGCGAAUCUUUUGAUAUUUGAUAAAGUAAUCUUUCAUAAGUUGAAAGACACAUUGCAUGUUACUAAGCUUUUAAGUUUUUUUUUUAGCAAAAUCAAUUCAAUAUAUGACUAAAAAGUCUUUGAAUUUGUUUUGAAUAACAUAUUUUGUGCAAUUUUCGAAUUCACCGUACACAAGGUCACCACCGAGGGGUCGUCACUGUGGAUAACAGGGCUCCUAAGUGGAGCAAACGCAGUAUCAGUCAGUAUGAAGUCGAUUUUCGCAUAGCAUACACAAUGUUUAUGCAAAAAUCAUAUUGCAUAGAAUGUCGUAGAUACAUCUUGAACAAUCAAAAUCACCAAACUUCAAAAACCCGUACUUGCCUCAAACACUUCGUUCGCGUUUCACGAGUAGGUCUGUAGCGUUGAAAGUGAUGAUUUAAACCCAUCUUUAUUGGUCAUGUCAUCUCUUUUCUUUUUGAUUUGUUUGAUAAAGAGCAUCUAUAUGCCGAUGACAAUUAGUAAUGAUUAUAACGCCCCUUGUGACACAUUUCACGUGUAAUUCGCAGAAAAUUACACGACAUUAAAAUUUGGUGCAUGAGGGCUAUGAUUUGACAUCCCGCGAGGCCUUUGCUCCAUGUUUUUUUUAACUAAAUUGUCAAGCUUUAAUAAUUAUCCUUUGGGCGUCUAAAUGUGAAAUUUUAUUUUUUAUCCUUUUAAUAUCUCAUAUUUGUCAGACGUACUUGGAAGUACCGAGUUCUACAACUAACGGAACGUAUAUAUUAUAUUGUUUAGGACACGUUUUUAUACUAAUCGAUCAUACAUGUAUUUGUGACAAUAAUCUACUAUCCAUUAUCAUAUCUUUGAAAAGGGUGCAAUGAGUAAUUCUGGGAUGCUGUGUUGGGGUGCCCAUCUACUUGCCAUUUCAUAAAAAAUCGUACUGUGAUGUCGUCAUGUUCAUUUAUAUAUAAAGGUAUCUCGACUGAAUUGUCAUGUAUUAUACUUAGCGUUAUUAGCAGCCGUAAAACCAAAACACCAUGGUAGAGCUAUGGCUCAAAAUAUCUAAAGUCUUCCUUUAAAGCCUGUGUAACUGUUAUUUAUUUUUAACUUCAUGUAAACAUAUGUAUUCUUUAUCUACUGAUCUUACUCUGUUUCUAUUGAAUUUAUGCAUUGUAAUAAUAUCUAAUAUAAAGUGUAUAUAGCUUGCAAUCUCCAUUAAGUGAAAUAAAGAUUGA